CGGAUCAUGCAACCAGUUUGCAAUGAUUAUGUCAGAGCAAUUAUGUGAAUCUAAUAUGGAUGGACAUUUCAUAGGAGGCAAGGAGCCUAGUUAAUAUCUCGAGCUGAAGAGUGGUUUCGACAUUCGUCCAUUAUCUCUAGCCGCCCUUUCAUCUCCAUCACGAUUUGGAAUGAGCAGAUUCUCAUACCUGGAGCUGGAUGAAUCGAUUCUUACUAAACUCGACAAUUGCUCUAUCCCAGACUUCAGUCCGGAGUCACUGGUGACGCAUACCUACAACUCUCUUGUACAUAGAAGUGAUCUUUCCCCUGAAGAAGCAAGGCUUGUUCUGCGUACAGCUGCAGAGAAAUGUUGCCAGUUGGCCCCCGUGUCUGCUUUGUCCAUAUUGCAAGGAGAUAGUCCGCAAUGGCUUGGCAGCUUACAGUAUGUAAGCACUGGGUGCCGCUCACUGGAUACCUUUCUGCGUGGGGGAAUUCCCUUCCGUGGCCUGUUUGAGAUUUGUGGGGAAAGCAGGAGCGGUAAAACUCAGUUUUGCCUGCAGCUCUGCUUGAAUGUGCAGCUGUGGUUGGAAGGCUCCGAUGAUCAUCGCCGCGCUGCACUCUACAUUAGCACAGAGGAUGUUUUCCCUCACAAGCGCUUAGCCCAGCUUGCGCGGUAUUUCUCUCGGGAGCAUGGCCGACGUCAGUGGAUGGAUGGUAUAUAUGUUGAGCAUGCGCUGAGUCAUGACGAUCUGGACAAAGUGGUGUCGCACCGGCUACCCGCCCUCAUCGCUGGCAGGAGAGUGCGGCUGGUGAUCCUUGAUUCUAUUGCAGCUGUGGCUCGUGCAGAGUUUGGAUUAGGUGACGAAUCAGACCGAGCUGAGUAUCUGACCAACAUAGGGUUGCAGCUGCGCCAGUUCAGUGUUGAGCACGCAGUCGCAGUUGUGAUAGUGAAUCAGGUGAGUGCUGUGAUUGAUGGCAGCAUUGGUGAUGAUGAGGAUGAUGUGCAGCCUGCGCUGGGACUUACGUGGUCCGACAUGGUCGCAACACGCGUCCUACUCUCCCGCGAUGAGCCUGUAACAGAGGAAGCCGAUGAACAUGCGGCCGCUGCAAGUGCACCCGAAGUGCCGCGUCAGCUACAGGUAAUCUUCAGUCCGUAUCUACCGCAAAACUCUAUUCACUUCGUCGUGCAAGAGACCGGCAUUCAAGACUUCAACAAGGGAUAACACUGGUACAGCUGCAUGGUUCAUAUGAAUCAUAAUAAUUGUUACUCCGCACUUCAGUGAAAAGUUGUCUUCAUCACCAUUGCUUACCCCAGGCUGUGCAUUUCACAUGGCAUCAUUACUUUACAUUAUUAUUAUUAUCAAAAUUUUGACAUUAACAUUAGGCAGCAGGUGCAUUGAAGUGCUUGUACCUGUAUAUUUUUUAAACGGUUUAUUGUCUUCAGUGGACUAGCAUAUUGGUGUCGUCUCAUUCUGACUGGUCUGGACAACAAUACGUGGAGCCAUGUGGAGACCGGGUGAAGUUGUACGAUUACAUAUAGUCAUGUACUGGUCAUGCAUGUUGAUUGUAUUUACUGGUAUAGUACAUUGUACAUGUACUGUAAAUCGAGAAUAUUUCAUUUGCUUUUUAUUUCGUAUAUUGUGUACGCCAGGCGGCAUAUGAAACUAAAACGCACUCAAACGUCAAAACCCA